AAAAUCUAAGAGACUAGAUUUGCACAGGAACUGAAACAAAUAGAAACUGAAUUAAAAUAUGAAUCAACAGUUCCAAAAUUUACGAAAUCGUGAGGAUCGAUUAGAAUUACAAGCAUUUGUUCAAAAUUCAAACGUAGAAGAGCUCGUGAAAAUAGUACGUGGUAGCAUUUGUAAAGCAGAUGCAUUGAAGAUAUUAGAUGACAUUUUACAAGCAUUUUCUGAUUCCGAUAUUUGUCAACUGAAACGACGUAAAUUGGUUGAAUCUACAUUGAAAGUGUUAGGAAAAGCUAAGGUACCUGCAGGCCAUGUGGAUGCGAUCGUUAAUCGGAUAAUAUUCGACAUUCCAAAAUAUUCUAAGCAACAUCUUGUUAAACUUGUAGAUUUUUGUGUUGCUGGUAUUUGUAACAACGAUGACGAGCUGCAGAGCUGGAAAGAUUUAUUACCUGUGCUACUGGAAACAUUGGAAGGUGAAAAAUACAUUACUUAUGUAGAUGUAGAAGUUUCUGGGACCGAGUUUAAAGCAUUAACCAUUAAAAAAAUAUGUGAUUAUCGUUGGAACGUUGAUCUUCUGCCGUCAUUGGCAAACAUGUUUGGGAAUAUGGCUUUAAAUAAGGCAGAUCACAUGGAAGUUCUUAAAGCAUUAUGCCGUGCUUUGUCCAAUCUAUCUCUAAACCAAGUGCCUCCUUUUGUGUAUCAAGCUCUAAAGUUGUGUAAAGUUCGAGACAAUCAAUACCUUUUAGGUACACUUUGUAAAUACUUUGAGUCUUAUUACGCGAAAGCACUUCCUACGGAAGAUAUGGACAGCAUUGAAGAUAUUGGUUUAAUAAAUAUAAAAGAGGUACGAGAUAUUGAGAGCACUGUAUUAUAUCACGUGUAUCAAGCAGCGCAAUUAAAUCACGAAAAUAUGAAAGAUUUUAUUCGUUAUUUGAAAUGUGUUUCUCAUGCUCCGGAGUAUACGUUACAGCCGUUUAUAUUUGCUGUGUUGCUAUCAGUUUCUAGUAUACACGAAGAUCAGAUUUUUGAAAUACUGAGAUUGGUUAUCAUUAACAGUAGCUCGGACAAAGAAAAAAGAGACAAUAAUGCAUGGUUGAGGCAACUUUUACCCUCCCCUUGUAUCAUUAUCAAUAUUAUUCGACGACUCAUCGAUAGCAGCAAUAAAGAUCGCCAUUUGGUACUAAAAGGACUCACGGGCCUGGCGUUCACAUUAAUGAAUACAGAUCAAAAGGUGAAAAAUAGUAUAAAGGUCGUGUGGUCUGUAGGAGCAGAAAUAAUUCGAGAAGUAAUUAAAAAGCGUCAUGAAACGGUCGCUAUCGUAUUGCAAGAAUUAGUCCAUAAAAUAGUGGCUAACGGCAUACCAACGAUUCACUACACAGAUUGUUUAAAGUAUGUCUGUCGUGAAUUAUCAGUAAUUGUCUUGGACCACCAAAUCUGGAUCACGACUCUUCUUGAACGACUGUUAUUUUUACCGACUAUAGUGGCUAUUGAAGUUUUAUAUGCUAUUUUCCCAUUGAUGCACGUUUCGCCUAACAUUCGAGAAAGCCUUCUUCUGACUUUGAGAAAAGCUCUUUACAGAAAAGGUAUAUCAAAACGACAAAUGGCGGUUACUGGAUUUCUCGAGAUGUUGAAGUACUCGAAAAUGCAUUCUUUGGAUAACUUUAGGCUUAGCCAACGUUGCAACCCCGUUGCGUACGCUAUUAGUUCCAGUUCUAGAUCAACAUUGACUCAGGUAACUUUAGAAAGCAAUACACAACGAGAAAAGACAGCGGAGUGCGAUAAAACGUUAUGUUACGAAAUACUGGACAUAUUGAAAAAGAGCUUUACUUACGAAUUCGAAGUUAGAUUACACCUAUAUAAAGGCUUCUAUGGUUCUGUAAAAAAAAAUACUGAAAUAACGGAAAUCGUGCUGGACAUACUGCUUUCGCAUUUGAAUCUCUACGUUGAUGCAGAUGAUAAUGUCUUGCCACCUAUAAAAUUCGAUCUGUGUACAAACGUUCAAGGAGCAGAGGUAGUUUUACAAGAACCUAUCGGAGAACUGAUAUUUGUAAUACAAAAGAUAUAUGUCGAUACGCUUUUGAAAAAAUCAAAUACUUUUGACAAGGUGUACAGUAUUUUGGAAUCAUUAUGCACGAGAAUGACAGCUAUCGAAUUGGAGCAUUUAAAUCUGGAACAUGAAAUGGAUUUUGCAGAUUUUCCGAAAUCACAAAUAAAGUUGAAAGGUCUCAGUAUCGCAAUUACGAUUUGCGAAGCUUUAAUGGCGUUUCGGAUAGGAGAAUACUCAAAAGGGAAUGAAGAAAGCUGCCGCAAGAUCGACGAUUUAUUUAAAGGAUAUACGCGAUUAGUGGACUUCGUUAAAAUGCAAUCUAUAAAAAUGAGAAAAGCCGAUGGCGGUAAACGUAAGAAAGAUAAGGAUCCAAAUAAUACAACGAGGAAACACGAUAAAUCAAGUAAUAUCAAAGUGCCAGACACCAUUAUGGAUUUGGAUACAGUUCAUCAAAGCUUAUUGCUACUAUACUCACCAUCAAAUCAAAACAGUGAUAUCAACUUUCGAGAAAACCACAAUUUUUGUUGCUAUAUAUUCCAAACAUGCGAACAGCUCUUACAACGAACAAAAUUGUUAAUGACUGAUACAUCGCAAAAACAACCCAAACAUUAUAUAGACACAUACAUCGAAAUUGGAGGGUUGCUUCAUGAACAUUUCUUACUAACUUUAAAUGAUGCAUUUGACGACGACCAACAGGUAGCAAUACUAGCUUUACAGUGCUUUUCGGAGAUUUGUUCUUGUAUAUGUACAUCAUUUUCAUCAGAGUUGUCACACUUUCUUGAACGGAUUUUACGGUCAAAGAAAGAUUCGGUUUCGAAGGAUGUUAACUUACAAUUGCAAGAAGUUGUUUCCUCGUUGAGUACUUACUUGAUAGCCUCGCUCGACGAAGAAGUAGAGAGUGAUACGAGAAAAAAGAUACCGUUCCUAUUAUUACAAACUUUAGAACAAUUUACAUCUAAAAUUAAUUUUGAAAAAUGCGAUCUUGAAAAGGUGCACAAAUGCUUCAGCAUAAUGGUUAAAACAAAAAACAUUGAAAGUCCUAUCGUUCCAGCUAUUAUUAAAUUUUUGUUACGCUUAGAAGAAUAUACUCAGGCGUACGGAGAGUCGUUGAACGAAAUCUGUUCGAAAUUGAACGAAAAAGUUGGCACUAUCGACGACACGCAGAUCGAAUUGACGUCGGACGAAGAGUAUCGAAUUAUAUGCGAUGAUACUUUUGUGCAAAUCUAUAACGUGUUGAACGAUUGCAUAAAAGAAAAAUUGAACAAUAUUUCUUGGCUGCUGUUGCGGUUGAAAGCAGAAGACACCAUAGCCCAUGCACCUGGAACAAUCGACGAAGUAUGGAACAAUAAUUUAAAAGAAAAGGAGCGAAAUUUGUGUAAGCAAUUGUCCUAUCUUACGCAAGUACUUCACAUAUUAGCUAACACGUCGAUAGAUCUGGGCCCGUGUAUCGACGUCACGUUUAAGAACUUACAGUGUUUGUAUCAUCUGCUCGGAAAUCUUACAAAAUAUUUCUAUGCAAAAUCGAACAGUCAAAACGCAGCAUUCCAAACAGCCAAAUUCAUUCAAGUGGUACAAUUGGCCGGCAAACCUUUGAAAUCUGCCUUUUACAACUUAGUGACGUACGUCGAGGAAAGCCAAAACAAAUUAAAUUCGAAAUCUGAUUUGCACGCGCGAAGGAACAAAAUUUUAAAGGAAACAAAAGUAAUACCGCGCGUAGUCUACGAGAUUGAACAAUUCAACAAGGAAGUAUUGUUACUUGGCAAACGGACGGGCAUACCAUUGGAAAAGUAUAUGAAACGUAGCGUGACGAGAGACUUUAGAAUUAAGAAUUCACAGCUGAUAGAAAGUAUUGAGAAAAUGGAUGUGAGCAUGCGUGAGUGUAUAUCCAUUCACGUCGGCCAGGCUGGCGUCCAAAUUGGAAAUGCUUGCUGGGAGCUCUAUUGUUUGGAACAUGGGAUACAACCCGAUGGACAGAUGCCGACAGAUAAGAUCGGGGAUGAUAGCUUCAGCACGUUCUUUAGCGAAACUGGUUAUGGGAAACAUGUGCCUAGAGCAGUAUUCGUCGAUUUGGAACCUACAGUAGUCGAUGAAGUACGAACCGGAACGUAUCGACAACUCUUUCAUCCGGAGCAAUUGAUCACUGGCAAAGAAGAUGCAGCGAACAAUUAUGCACGUGGUCAUUAUACGAUUGGCAAGGAAAUCGUGGACUUGGUGAUCGAUCGAAUACGGAAACUAUCAGAUCAAUGUACCGGAUUGCAAGGAUUUUUAAUUUUUCAUUCGUUCGGAGGCGGUACUGGAUCGGGAUUCGCUUCCCUGUUAAUGGAACGUCUUUCCCUCGACUAUGGAAAAAAGUCCAAAUUAGAAUUUGCUAUUUAUCCAGCACCACGAGUCUCUACAGCGGUCGUUGAACCAUACAACUCUAUUCUCACCACUCACACGACUCUCGAGCAUUCGGACUGCGCUUUCAUGGUCGACAAUGAAGCAAUUUACGACAUCUGUCGACGUAAUCUGGACAUCGAAAGACCCUCCUAUACCAACCUUAACAGAUUGAUCGGGCAGAUUGUUUCCUCGAUAACGGCUUCAUUACGGUUCGAUGGCGCUUUGAAUGUCGAUCUGACAGAGUUCCAAACAAAUCUGGUCCCGUAUCCGAGAAUUCAUUUUCCUUUGGUUACUUAUGCUCCGGUAAUAUCGGCUGAAAAAGCGUAUCACGAGCAAAUUUCGGUCGCCGAAAUCACCAAUGCGUGUUUCGAGCCAGCGAAUCAGAUGGUAAAGUGCGAUCCUCGACAUGGAAAAUACAUGGCUUGUUGUAUGCUGUACAGAGGAGACGUCGUUCCGAAAGACGUAAAUGCCGCGAUCGCUACCAUUAAGACGAAACGAUCGAUACAAUUCGUAGAUUGGUGCCCGACUGGAUUCAAAGUUGGUAUUAAUUAUCAGCCGCCUACAGUGGUACCUGGCGGUGAUCUGGCCAAAGUGCAGCGAGCCGUCUGCAUGUUGUCCAAUACAACAGCCAUCGCGGAAGCUUGGGCCCGUCUCGAUCAUAAAUUCGAUCUGAUGUACGCAAAAAGAGCUUUCGUUCAUUGGUAUGUGGGCGAAGGCAUGGAAGAAGGUGAAUUUUCGGAGGCUCGUGAAGAUCUUGCCGCAUUGGAAAAGGACUAUGAAGAGGUCGGACUAGAUUCCGUCGAUGUCGACGCAGAAGCAACCGAUGAAUAUUAAUGCUAUUUGCUUUUUCUUUAAUCUAUUUUUACCGAUUGAUCUGCGGUCCCCUUCGAUUUACUCACUGUCCAUCGAGGUCCCAGUUUCUUCCUUCGCUUA